AUGAUGGAAGGUGCUAAUCGUGGACCUUAUGCCAGGGUUAUUCCAUACAAUAAUGGAAGAUAUAAAAGAGUAGUUGAUCCUACUGUUCCAAAUAUCAUUAUUAAGUUAUCAGCUUGUUGUGGUCUCGAUUCUACACAAGAUUUUGAUUUAUUGGUUCAAAAUUCCUUUGAGAAUCAUGAAAAUUUACCUACUAGAAAUUACACAUUGGAAAAAUUUGAAAAAUCCAGUGAUUAUUCUACAGAUUUCAUGAGUAAUCUGGAAGAUGUUAAUAGUUUGGAUGAGAGUUAUGAAAACUCAGAUAUAGAAAAGGUGAAUGGAUUACAAGAAGAGCAAUUGGAAGAGGAAGAUGAAUUGGAACAACAAGAAUUAGAACAGGAAAUAGAAUUGGAACAACAACUACAAUUCGAAGAACAAGAACUAAAAGAGACACAAAAACUAGAGGAGGAACAAAAAUUAGAUGAAGAAAUGAAUGUAAAAUCUAUGGAAUUAAAAGAAUUGGAAAGUAAAGGAUCUGGAACGGUAAAAUGGGAAGAUGAAGAAGGAGAUUUUGAAAAUUAUUUUAAAAAGGUUCCCGAGGAUGAAGGUGUUCCAAUACUAUUUUACACAAAGACUAGGGAUAAGCCUGCAUUUCUCAUGUUAACUAUUGAUUUUGAAAUGGAGGUAAUUUACAUGAGUAGAAACAAAGUUUCAAGAUUCUUUCCUAUUAAACUUAUUGGUAAGUUAAUUACAGAUCAGGAAGUAAUUAUGAAGGAGUUUUCAAGGCAAAUUAUGAGGGAUAAGAACAUUAAAUUACAAAAUAUGGUUUUAUUCAAUGCUUCCAACUUUACUGAUUCUGUGGCUAUACAAUUUGCAGAUGAAACUACAAAAGAAAGUUUCAUUACAGAAGUUUCCAAAAUUAAAGAUUUAAUUAAUAAUAGACAUUAA